AUGAAGUCUGAGAGCGAUGAAAAUACAAGCAAAAACACCUCUCGACGCAAAGUUGGUUUACUCUACGACGAACGAAUGUGUAAGCACUUCGAUCCUUUGGACGAUUACCAUCCCGAAACUCCGAAUCGCAUUAGGUCUAUUUGGAACAAGCUUCAAACCACCGGCAUUGCUGAUCGUUGUGUGAUUUUGGAUGCUAAAGAAGCUGAAGACAAACAUUUACUAUCAGUGCAUUCCAUAAAGCAUGUGGAUCAGAUUAAGAAGAUAAGCUCUAAAAGUUUUAAUUCGAGGAAUUACGCUGCGGCAAAACUUAAUUCGAUAUAUUUCAACGAAGGUUCAACAGAAUCUGCUUAUCUUGCUGCUGGCUCCACUAUAGAGGUUGCUAAAAGAGUAGCAAGCAAGGAAUUGCAUUCAGCUGCUGCUAUUGUUAGGCCUCCAGGUCAUCAUGCAGAGCAUGAUGAAGCCAUGGGAUUUUGUCUGUUCAACAAUGUGGCAAUUGCUGCAUCUUAUCUUUUAGAUGAAACUCCAGAAUUUGGUGUAAAGAAAAUUUUAAUCGUUGACUGGGACGUCCAUCAUGGAAAUGGUACACAAAAAAUGUUCUGGAAUGAUUCUCGAGUGUUGUUCUUCUCUGUUCAUAGGCAUGAAUUUGGGAGUUUUUAUCCAGCAAAUGAUGAUGGAUUUUAUGACAUGAUUGGAGAAGGAGCAGGUGCUGGAUACAAUAUAAAUGUGCCAUGGGAGAAUGGUGGAUGUGGUGAUGCAGACUAUUUUGCAGCGUGGGACCACAUCUUGCUCCCUGUUGCCAAAGAAUUUAAUCCAGACAUAAUAAUAGUUUCUGCUGGAUUUGAUGCAGCCGUUGGAGACCCUUUGGGUGGAUGUUGUAUCACACCCUUUGGUUAUUCUGUCCUUUUGAAAAAGCUGAUGGAUUUCGCAGAUAGUAGGAUUGUACUGGUUUUGGAAGGAGGGUAUAAUCUCGACUCCAUUGCAAAAUCAACACAUGCUUGUUUGGAAGUUUUGCUUGAAGACAAGCCUCUAAUGGGAUCAUCUGAGACCCAUCCAUUCGAGUCUACAUGGCGUGUGAUCCAAGCGGUUCGCCAGGAGCUAAGUCCCUUUUGGCCUACACUUGCGUGUGAAAUACCACAAAAAAUAAUUGGUCAAACGGCACCACCUCCGCAUACUCUUGUAUCGAGCUCUGACUCUGAGACCGAGGAUGACAAAGCUCCACUCAAAUUAAAAAAUAUUGUAGACCUUCUUUCUAAGCUUAAAGUUGAUGCAGAUAAAGAGUCAGAUGCUUCUUACUCCUGGCGAUCCGAGUUGUCAAAUGUUUACAUAUGGUAUGCUUCAUUUGGCUCAAAUAUGUGGAGGCCAAGAUUUGAUUGCUACAUAGCAGGUGGACAGGUGGAAGGUAUGCAGAAGCCCUGCUCUGGUUCAGUAAACAAAACUCUUCCGAAUGAGAUCCUUUGGAAGACUUUCCCCUGCCGUAUAUUUUUUGGACGUGAUUCCUCACGUUCAUGGGGUCCUGGAGGUGUUGCUUUUCUUAAUCCUCAGACAAACUCUCAGCACAAGACCUACAUGUGCCUGUACAAAAUUUCGUUAGAGCAGUUCAAUGAUGUUUUAUUUCUGGAAAAUGGUUUAAGCCUUGAUGCGGGUUCUCCUUUAUUUGAUAUGACUACUCUGAAUUCUAUAUCUAAUAAGGAAUUCAGUUGUCAGGAGGUUGUCAAGGAUAUUUGGUAUGGCAAUGUUGUCUACUUAGGAAAGGACCAGGACAUUCCUAUAAUUACUAUGACGUGUUCGGGUCUUGAUAUUGAGCGCUUCAAAUCUGGGAAGUUACCAUUGUGCCCGCCUAAUAAAUCUUAUGCCAAUACCUUAAUAAAAGGGUUGGUAGAGGGAGAACAGCUCUCUGAGGAGGAAGCCAUUGCUUACAUAGAUGCUGCUGCUGCUGAAUUGUUGUGA